AUGGUUGACUUCAGCCGAUAUCUGGAUGGCGAAAACAUCGAGCAACAGGAUUUGGUAAUAUGGUUCAACCUCGGCAACCAUCAUGUCCCUCACUCCGGCGACAUUCCGAACACUUUACAACACACAAGCGCCAGCUCGAUCAUUUUCUCUCCAUUCAACUUUCACGACCGAGAUGCAAGCCGUGCUAGUUCUCAGGGUGUUUGCUUAGAGCUUCCCGUUCGCAAUAACCAUAAUGCACCUUUGCCAUCGCCAAAAUACUUUGGCCAUCAUCAUCAGAAGGGUCUGCUCCUGCAAGAGCUAUAUUCUAAUCUUGAUAGCACUCACCAGGGUGACAUUGUACCCAAUUUGAGUGAUUAUGGUGCUAUUGAGCAUCAGGUACGCAAGUUCCCAUACACGGAAGAUAUGCUGGGUAUUUAA